AAAAGUUAUUUUGUUUAUGGUACUUUUAAUUUAAGUUGAUAAGAUACAGUAAUAAGAAAAUUUGUUGUAUUACAGUAAUGGAAAUCUGAUGAUGAAAUGUCAUUGAAAGUAAGGGGCUUUAUUGUCAUGAAAAUAUAAAAUGCAAAAUACUCCAUAAGACUGAAAAAAGAAUCUUAAUAAAAACAGGCUUAUUUUUUUAAUGCCAAAUAUAAUUUCUUGUUUUUCUUGAGAGUUUUUGAAAUUGAAUAUGCUGAAAUUCACCCAAACACAAGUUUGAAUGAUUUAGAGGUUUCAAGAUACGUUAAUUUAUUAACCUGUUUUAUCUUUGUAAUAUACUAAAUUAUGUACAUGCUAAAUGUAAUAUGUCUCAAAUCCUUCAACGAUUUGUUAUAUUACAUUUACACUUCCAUAUUAUAUUAGGGCUUUAAAGAUGAAUCUCACUAUCAACCGUGAAAUUAGCUUAAUUUUGAGAUCACUGAAGUGAAUGUAUCUAUGGCAUUGAAGGAGUAGUAAUGAACGACUUGAACUACAUAAUAGUGACAAAAGCAGUUAAUUAUAAAAGCUUUUGUUCUUAUAUGGUGUGUUAGCACAAUUGAGGUGUAAAGAAAACGUCUCAUUAUAUAAAAGCACACUGAUUUCCGGUGUGGCUGCAGUAUUCCCUAUGGAGUCUGUUCCUCAUGCAGUAUUUAUUGGCCCUGGAUGGGGGUUCUGGACCGCCUGCGAUCUCUCGGCCCCUGAGUCAGCGUUCCUUCAGCAUGUACAGGCAAAUGUGAUUAUAGAACAGUAAAGGGCAGACUGAAUGUACACCAACAUUACUCAAACAAAUCAAUUUAGCCUUUAAAAAUCAGUUCUGUGAUUUAAAAACAGGCAUUUGAUUGAAUGAUGCUGUGAGGGGAUCGUGAAGCAUUUCCAUUCAUGUUUUAUUCUCUUUUAUUAUCAGCACCACAGCAGCCUUUUUGAGAAAAGAUCAUACUUAAAAUCUAAUAACUGUGGUCAUUACUUGUGUCAGUUUCAACAUCUACCAAUAGACUUUUAACAUGCAUAUGCCUAUAUUAAGAAAAAAGUUUUAUGAAAAGUUUCAGCAGUUUACCUCAAAUGCCACGAAGCUGUAAUAUGACAUGAAAUAAAGUACAAUUGGGAAGUUUCCUGUGAUGUGAUAUUUCAUCAAAAACUAUUUUAAACAGCAGUUUGUGAAUAAGUUGUGUAAGUAUACCUGCAGUUUUUAUGGGCACAUAUUAGAACAGGUUCUUUGAAUAUUUGUAAUUUUUAAAAUAACUUUGUUGCGUGGCCUUAACUACUAUGUACUUACAUUUAAAUUAAUAAUUUGGUACAAUGCACUUAUUGAUGACAUACAUGUUUUACAUUGUACUUAUAUUUUUAAAAAUACCUGCAUGUCAUUACAUCUGUAAUUAAUUUCUGUAAUUGCGUUUAUAAUUACACUGUUGACCCAUCCCUUACACCUUAACCCACCCUUAAACCUACCCAGACCACCAAACCUGUCCCUAAUCUUAUCCCUAUCCCACCUCAAUAGCAGCAGAAGUGCAUUGCAUUACAAUAUGAACACAAUAAGUACAUUGUACUUAACUAUUAUGUACUUGUAUAAAAAAUAAGUCACCUAAUAUAAAGUGGGGCCAAAUAGUAUUUUUUUUAAAAACUUGGUAAGCCAAAGAGUGAGCAGCAUCUAGAAUACAAAUUUUAUUUUACACAUUCAUAUACAUUUAAAAUCUCAAAUCUUAAAAAAAGCGUGUGGACACAUUAUGCAUCGACUCCCCAUGCAUAUACAUGGACAUAAUAUCUGCCAUCGCCCACCCUGCCUUCUAGAUAUCAGUAUCGGCUAUUAGCCAUUGAAAAAAAACAUAUCACUCGACCUAUAAUAGAAACAAUAGCAUCCUAUUCCCCUGAGAAAGAGCCCAUCAACGCGUGAGAUACAACUCUAUCCUCAUCUACAGCAGAAUCAAUGGCAGAAAGAUGAUGAGUGAAUGAGAGAGAGAGAGAGACUGUCUCAUUCGCUGCUGUUCUUCUAAUUGGAUCAAGCGCAGACUUGCCCGACUCUGUGCUCAGUGUUCGCAGUGUGAGAGGAUGGAGACAGCAGACAGAGCAGGAGACAGAACGUGUGUGUUGGUGUGAUGGAUAAGGAGAGAAAGAAAGAGGAGGGGUGAAAGCAGGGGUGUGUGUAAUCCUCACUCCUAUCUACUCAUCCUUGUUUGCGGUUCUGUGCUCAAGUCUUUCUAAGAGUCGGCGCUUUGAUCGGACAUGCACCUGCUGCUGCUUUUGGAUGAUUCAGCCGUUUUCUGCAGAGCAUGAACCGCAGCCCAGGCGCUCCAGCCCUGCCCCCAGGUGAGUGCAGCGCUCUCUCCGGGACUCUCUGAGGCGGGAUCCACCCUCGGGCGGCCUCCGGAGCAUAUGCCUUAUUUAUAGACUUGCUGCCUGUGUUUUUCUUCCUGCUCUGUGAGAACAAACCCGGGCGACAGAAAUCGGAGCCACGGAAGUCUUCCUCUUUAGUAACGAGGUUAGUCAGUUGAGCAUCGUGUCGAGUCCCUUCCCCCUCGCUGGUGAUCUGAUAAUGGAAAGAAGACUUUACGAGGCAGCAUGCCUGCCGCAGCAUUAGAGGAGUCUUGCACAGCUGCUUCUGAGCGACCCAACCAGGGGCAGAGAUGAAGUCGGAAGCGGCGGAGGACAUCUCUGCCGGACUUGCAUCUCAAGAGGCUCCUUCGGAUGCCUUGUCUGAAGUGGCCACGAAAGAGACACUCGAGGAAGCGGAGGAAGACGUGGCGGGGGGCAGCGACAGCUCUGAGAGUGGAUGCGUGCCUUUGCCUGUGGCCGCGUGCUGCGUGUGCCUCGAUCUGGAGCGGGUGAGUAACUGCAUCCGCUCUGAAAAAAUCUGCAUCUUGCCCAUCCUGGCCUGCUUGCUAAGUCUGGCCCUCUGCACCGCUGGUCUCAAGUGGGUCUUUGUGGACAAAAUCUUCGAAUACGAGCCGCCGACCCACCUUGAUCUCAAGCGCAUAGGACAGGAUCCUAUAAUCAAUUCAGAUUUCACUCAGAACGCCGCAUCAGUCUCACCUUCCACCCCAUCGACUCCAUCUGUCCCAGGACAGCCCAAGGUCUUUGUGGAAGGGGAGUCCACGGCCAGACCCUUUGAGCCGCCAUCAUCGAAGGUGCCCGUUUUUACGCCCACUGCAGCAGUGACUGUCCACGCAAACUCUGUGUCUCCACCCAGCCCCAAGAGCACCUUCAAACCCGUCCAGAAUGCCACUGCAAACCAGUAUACAUCUCAUACUCUGGAAUCUAACGAUAUUGUUCCAAAGACCUCGGCCACCAGCACCACUCCCUCAGCCAAGACCUCCAGUCAUGUGACGCGCUGCAGUGAGACCGAGAGGAACUACUGCGUGAACGGCGGCGAAUGCUUCACGCUGGAGGUCACACCCGGCAACAUCAGACGCCUCUGCAGGUGCCCCAAUGAGUUUACUGGUGAUCGCUGCCAAAACUACGUAAUGGCCAGCUUCUACAAACAUCUUGGGAUUGAAUUUAUGGAAGCUGAGGAGCUCUAUCAGAAACGCGUUUUGACUAUAACAGGCAUCUGCAUCGCUCUUCUAGUUGUUGGCAUCAUGUGUGUGGUGGCUUACUGCAAAACAAAGAAACAGAGGAAAAAGCUGCAUGAUCGUUUGCGGCAGAGUUUACGAGAGCGAAACGCUGCGGCCAAAGGCCCUCAGCACCCUCACCCUCACCCUCCACCCGAAAACCUGCAGCUGGUGAAUCAUUACAUGCCUAAAAAUACCGUCCCUCCUCAUGUGCACGUGACAGACAAAGAAGUGGAAACAUCUCUCUCUACAAACGAUUUUACUUCAACACAUCCGUCCACUGCUGUCACUCACUCCUCCAGCCAGUGCUGGAGUAAUGGGAAAGCAGAGAGCGUGGUUUCUGACAGUCACGCAGUCCUGGUCAAGUCAUCAGUGGAGAACUGCCGGCAUGGUACGCCCGGUCACAGGGGGCGUCUGAAUGCUACCGGAGGAGUCCAUCAGCUCAACGAUCACCUGAAGAGCUCCAGAGAAACCCAGGGCUCCUGCAGAGACUCCCCCUACAGCGAGAGGUAUGUUUCGGCCAUGACUACCCCCAGCCGUCUGUCCCCCGUGGGGCUUCUCUCUCCGGUGACGCCCUCCUCGCCUCCCUCAGAGAUGUCGGCUCCCCUGUCCAGCCUGGCGACUUCCGUUCCCUCCAUGGCAGCGAGUCCCUCAGGAGAGGAGGAGCGCCCCCUGCUGUUUCGGACCCCGCCGAUCCUGCGUGACAAAUCCGGUUCGAAUCAGUCAGGCCAUAAUCUCCGCAACUCGGCUCACUACAAUCACGGCCUGGAGCUGCCCAGCCCUCCGGCCAGCCCUCUGCACACUGUGGAGCAGGAGGAGAGUUCACAGCAGAACCAAAGCACAGCCGUAGCGUCCGCCCCGAACAGCUCAAGAACUCACCCGAGCGUCCCGGCAGCGCCAGAGCCGGUCAGCGUCAGUAACUCAGAGAGCAGCAGCUCGGAGAGCGAGACCGAGGAUGAGCGGGUGGGAGAGGACACGCCGUUUCUGGGCUUACAGAGCCCUCUGGCCGCUGGAUCGGUUGUUCUGGACGGGCUGGAGGGCAGCAGAACUAACCCCGCGCUGCACCUCUCACCGCAACACGACCUGCAGAGCAGACUGACAGCCGUCAUGGUCAACCAAGAUCCUAUAGCUGUGUGAAAGAUGCAUUGAAGAAAAAAAUCACCACUAAACCUUUAUUUUCUAUAAUUAAGUGUUGCAAAAAGAAAAACUCCAACUUUUAUUUUAGUGAUGUAGUGAAACAAAGACUUUUAUAUAUGUGUACGACGUGUUUGUGUCAUGGAAAAAAAGUGCCAUUCACAUGUAGCUGAGGUCACAGUAUUUCAAUGGCAGAACAGAAAAAAUAUAAUCUAUGGUGCCUUUCAUUUAAAUUUGAAGAAAAAAAAGGACUGCAUCAUGACACUGGGCCAUAUAUUCAUGACUUUAAGGCAACAAAAUAAAUUAUGUGUGUGACCGAGAAAAAAAAAAUUCCACCAGCACUCCAUGUCGGAAUUCCUGCAAUCGGAUUAAAGUAUAAAAAAGCAUCACGCACUCUUAAAAAUAAAGGUUCUUUAUUGGCAUCAAUGGUUCUAUGAAGAACCUUGAACAUCCAUGGAACCUUUCAAAUGCAGAAAAGGUUCUUUAUAGUCAAAAAAGGUUCUUUAGAUUUUUAAAAUGUUCUUCAGAAUGGUUCUUUUAGGAACUGUUCACUGAAAGGUUCUUUUGGGGAACCAAAAAUGGUUCUUCUAUGGCAUCACUGCAAAAACACCCUUUUGAGACCUUUAUUUUUAAGAGUGUGGUCUCGUAACCCGCUGGCUUUCCUGUCGACCCGCUCUCUCUUAUUUAACACACCUGAUUCAUGAAGUGAACUGUGUUAGAUAAAAGAGACGUACAAAACAAGCGGCGCUGUUGAUCACUAGGACUAACCGUACUGUGGCAAGAAUGUUUUUUAAAUUACGUUAAUAAUUAUUCAUGCAUUUUGAUUUAAAAUAUGAGUGUGGCUGUUGUGUGGCUGCUGCAAACUGAAAACAAGACAAUUCGAAAGCUAUAGAAAUUAAGAGUAAAUGCUAAAAAAAAAAAUACUCACAGGAAGCAAAUCAUGUACGAUCAGAUAGUAAUCAAACAUAAUCACUUUAUUCUCUUUUAUAUUAUGGUUGUCAUGUAUAGCAGAUAUUACUUCUAUGAGACAGCUGUUAGAUCUGAUUGUUUUUCUUUCAUAUUACUGCAGAAUGACUGAAUAUAUGGCUCACUUUGUCGAUCGUGCUCAUUGGCUUCUCGAGCAAUGCAUUGUGGGAAAAUUACAGCACCACUUUUAUGAUACUGACAUCUUUUUAUUUCUUAUUAGUUAUUGUCCAAAUCAUUUUUUAACAUUUGUCCUUUGCUAUCCAUGUAGAAUGUUACAUUAUAUUCAAAGUGUUCCUUUGUGUCAUGUUAUUUUUCAUCAUGUUUAUGUGUAUAUGUGUGAUCAUUUAAAGAACAAAUCACCUGUUGUACAGUAUUUUGCUAUGUUUGCAUCACCAGAUUACUACAGUAACUUAUGUAUUCACAAGGUUUUACUGAAAAUAGCCUCUAAUAGUCUAUUCAGCUUGCUAAACAGAAGGAACUGGUUACACAAACAACACUUUUAACCUAGAGCUCACUAUAAAGCUCACGGCUCUAGUGCGUGAAGGCCUUUUCCCCUAGGUUUUCAUUUAAAUGAAAUGUGGCCCAUUUUAUUGUAUUUAUUUUCUUUAUUUAUUUGUUAUUUAUUUAUUUAUUAUCUGGGCCUUAUGGAAUCUAGCAUCUAUAAAUCUAUAUUUUAAUAGCAAUGAUAAUAAGAGAUAUUUGCAGUCUUUGGGUACAUCAACAAUUGUUUUUUUUUUGUUUUUUUUCUCAUCACUCCAUAAUAUAUGUGUGUUGUUUUGCCAUUUAGGCCUAGACUCUGUUAUUCAAACUCUCAUUCAAAAACAAUAAAUGUUCACCAUGACAAAUAUCCAUGAACCUGAUUAUACAAUUAAAAUGAGCCGAACUGCAUCUGGGACACUUGAAAACAGCCUUUGUUAUGUUACUUUUAACACAAGCCUUUACGUAACGAUUCAGGCCACCUUGAGAUGUUUGAUUUUAGAUAUGAUACAACGUGCGGACAGAUGGCUAACAUCACCUCUUCCAUCAUCAAUAUUAGUUUUGUUUUCAGAAAUGGCUAAUCAUUUACUGUUUGGAUGAAAUGUUUAUUACGUUUUGCAGAAAUAUUCAAACCAAGGUAUGUACGUGAGGUCUAAAUGCAUCAGUGUUCCAGCAUAGCAGAUUUUGGCUUAUUGUUUGAUCUCCACAUUGCCAGUGAAGAUAAAGGAAGAACAGAAAAUCUCCAAAAAUCAUGUCAUUCUGAUAGCUGCAUGAGCACAGGAGGACAAACGCAGGCAUGCCUUGCACAACACAUGCAAACAAGCAUGGGCAGAGAUGUCAGUCAAGACGUGACCACACUAACUGAGAACAAAAUGUUCAUUUGCAUCUGCUCUUGUGUGAACGACUCUAUAAAAUGUCUGGG